CCGCGCGGCCCUGCGCCCGGCGUCCCGCGGCGGAGAGGCGGCGGGCCGGGGGCAUGGGGUGCGCGCCGACUUGUUGCGGGAGCUGAGCUGGUUUUUUUUCUUUUUUUUUUUUUUUUCCUGGCUAUUUUUUUUUUUUUCUUCUUCUUCUUUUUUUUUUCUUCUCAUUUCUUCCUCUCCUCCCCCGGCGAAAUUUGCUCCUCGGACCGCGGCCGGUUUUCCUCCACGCCCUUCCCUCCUCCUCCUCGCUGCCUGGAUCCAUCGCGGUUUCCCCCGGUCCGCAGCAUGGCCAAAGUGGCGGCGGAAAGUUGCGGGACGGCGCCGGCCGAGGACUUGUCCAAGGUGUCGGACGAAGAGCUGCUCCAGUGGAGCAAGGAGGAGCUGAUCCGCAGCCUCCGCCGCGCCGAGGCCGAAAAGAUGAGCGCGAUGCUGGACCACAGCAACCUGAUCCGCGAGGUGAACCGCCGCCUCCAGCUGCACCUCGGCGAGAUCCGCGGCCUGAAGGAUAUCAAUCAGAAGCUGCAAGAAGAUAACCAGGAGCUGAGAGACCUCUGCUGCUUUCUGGAUGACGACAGGCAGAAAGGCAAGAGGGUGUCCCGUGAGUGGCAGAGACUGGGCAGAUACAGUGCCAGUAUUAUGCACAAAGAGGUUGCCUUGUACCUGCAGAAGCUGAAAGAAUUGGAAGUGAGACAAGAAGAAGUGGUUAAGGAAAACCUGGAGCUGAAGGAACUGUGUGUGUUGUUGGAUGAGGAGAAGGGCGGUGGAGCGGGCAGCCGGAGCUCCAUUGACAGCCAAAUCAGCCUGUGCCAAUUAACUGCCACCAGCACGUACAUAAGAGAUGUCGGUGAUGGGAGCAGUACUUCUAGCACGGGAAGCACAGACAGUCCAGAUCAUCAUAAACAUCAUCCGAGUACGAGCCCAGAACAUCUUCAAAAAGCUCGGGGUGAAGGAAGCCCCGAGCAUCAGAAGCACAGGAGUAUCAGCCCUGAGCAUCUCCAGAAGCCCAGGAGUUCGGGCAGUCCUGAUCAUCACCUGAAAGGACCGAGUCCAGAACAUCAGAAAACCAUUGUCAAAGCACCUGAACAACAAAAGCACAGCAGUAGCAGUCCAGAAACUCUCCCAAAGCAUGUUUUGAGUGGUAGCCCUGAACACUUUCAAAAGCAGAGGCCUGGCAGUAGCCCUGAGCAUCAAAAGCACAGCGGUGGCAGUCCAGAUCAUCUUCAAAAGCACACGCCCAGUGGAAGUACAGAACAUCUCCACAAAGUGAGGGGCACGAGCCCUGAGCACCUCAAAAAACACUAUGGAGGGAGCCCAGAGCAUCUCAAGCAUCUCAGUGCAGGCAGCAGAGAAGGUACCCUCAGGAGACAAGUAACAGAUGACCUGUCCCCUCACCACAGAAGUAUAUACAAUGGAAUGAAUGGUCACUUCUGAUCUUAUUAUGGGACUCACCUACUGGCAGCAAGAGAGGAUGAAGUGCUUGUGAUCCUAAAUGAUGAAUGUUAACAUCUUCUGACUUAUUGAUGAACGUAUAAAAUGAUAAAUAAUCAGAAUUUAGGUGUCUCAGUAGAGGACUGACCUGUCUCUGUUGGUCUUGACUCCAAACCAUGUUUGAGAGGAGAAAGUAUUCCUCUGCACAUUGGAUCUUGUUCUGCAAAGUACUGUGUUGUCUAUCUGAAAUCGCUGUUCCUGUCUGAAAAGCAUGCAUAAAAACAGCCUGACUAUUUCUGCUGGAUCAGGAGCUUCUGUACAUCACUGACAGUGCCUGCUCACCCUGAGUUGUGGUCUUGUUAGUGCCUAGGUGACCACAGGGAAGCAAUGUGUUCAGUCAGGUACAGUUAUUUAAACCAGAACUUUCCCUGCAUGUGAACACAUGGGGAAUGGAGUUGGUCAGCUACAUUUAAAUCAAUUCCAGUGGUAUCAGAAACAUGAUACAUAUCAGACUUAUAAAUCAGUUUUAGUUAUUGCACAGCGCUUUACAGCACUGCAUUAACCAUUUUGGCUUCAUGCAUGUUUUAAGCUGUUGUGUGGCACACAGGAAGCUGCUGCAGGUCAGGAGCACCUUUGGUCCUUAGGAACAGCUGAAGGAGCAGAGAAUGAGGUGAUAAUGUUUACUUUCAUAGUUUUUCUCACUUUCUAUUCUCAGGAGUUUGAUCUUGUCAUUUUUUUUCUUGUGUGACUUGUCAACAAAACCUGAAAACACUUGAGAAGCUUUCUGUAAGUGUGUGUGUAUGUAUGUAUGUAAUAAUAACUUACCCAGUAUUCUACAUGCAUUUCUGAAAAGUGCAUCCUCGUUUCUUGGAGUGACAGAAGAUGAGGUCUGAAAGCUGUGUUUUCUAUUAACAAACAUCAAGCCAAACUUACAUAUCUUGUUUUUCAAGGCUUCAACCAAAUGAAUGCGAUGAUAAAACUAUGAUGACUCUCAGAUGCUCUGGUUAAUGAGCACAGAUAUUUGGAACAGACACUGAGUUUAGAAGAGAAAAUGCCAGUGGUGUUAAAUACAUGAAAUUAGAUUGUACCAUAACCCUUAAUAGUCUUUAACUGACACAAAUACCUGGGGUGGAGCUGCCUCUAUAGAAAUUCAUGUCACUUUAGCAUUUGCAAUCUAAGUGGCGUUGUAGCAAUUCAUUGUAAACUCUCUGUUUUAAGAAUUCCUUUGUUUUACCCCAGGCUUUGACUUCUGUGUGCAGAGAAAAUAUCAGAAGGCUUUCGUGUGUGCUUUUUGCUUCCUGCUGAGGUUAUUACAGAGGAGCAGUAAAACUGCUGACUAACACUGCGUGCUGCUGGAGGUGUGAGGGCUCUUGUGGAGCAAAUGCAGCAGCACCUCAAUUGAACAAGACUAUUUGUAAGUUAAGCUCAGCUUCAAUCUUGAGCCAUUCCUGCUGUAAAUGUGCUUCUUGGGAGGGGAACGCAGUAAGAAAAUAUCUUUAUUUUGCUUCUCUAAGUAAAAAGAGAAAAUUACAGUAUCUCUUCAGAGAGAGAAACCUUGCAGUAACAUUACUGAAACAAAUGAUAGCCUUUCCAUGGAAACAGCUCACAUUGUGCAGGCCAAACAGUGAAAUGAUGUCACUUUUGCUCGUGUUCUCUUCUUGCAGUUGGAAUGGAAGUGAUUUUCCUAUCCAGAAUGGCAGUGCACAGCAUGGCACUUGGGACUUCAGCUUUCCCAAUGGCACCCACGCUGGUACAGCUGCCAUUUGAAGCCUGAUACAGCGUUGCUUGCUCUUGAGAGCAACCUGAUAUGUAAGCUGAGGCUUCAGGAUUGGUGGAAUUUUUUUUUUGCUUGUCAGUGUGAGUUAAUCUACUGCUUCUUUUUGGUGUUUAAGUGUAGAGCUCUGAAUCUUUUGUGUUAAUGGGAGUCUGUCAGUUGAAUUCCGUAGGUUUCACAUCGGACUUGUAAAUCAGUGUUACUGUAUGCUGUAAGAGAAUAUGCACAAAUGUGAUUAGAGCGUGCUGUAUUCAUUACCAAACUCAUUUCUGUGGAGGUUUUUUUUCUUUUCAGGUUGAAAUUGUGACUUGUAAUACCAACAGCAGUAACUGACCAGACUAGGGCUGACUGUACAAGUUCAUGUCUGUCUCUGUCUGUUUGAUGCUAGAUGGGCACAUGAAGUCA